CCAGCAAAUCUAGUCAUGGCCCUGUUCAAGAUCACCCUUAUCUGCUGCGCUCUGAUCGCCGUCAUCGAGUGCGCCCUGCUCCCAGCUGCUGUUCCCGUGGGAGUGCCCCUCAACACGGAGGUGGAUCCGCAUCCGCAGUACGCCUUCGCCUAUAAUGUGCAGGAUGCACUCACCGGGGACAGCAAGAGCCAGCAGGAGGUGCGGGAUGGAGAUGUGGUCAAGGGCUCCUACUCGGUGGUGGAUGCCGAUGGCUCGCUGCGCACCGUCUUCUACACCGCCGAUCCCAUCAACGGUUUCAAUGCGGUGGUGCAGCGAGGACCAGUUCCGGUGGCUGCUCCUCGCCCAUUGGUGGCUCCAGUGGCUGCUCCACUUUUGGGCUAACUCCGCAAUCUCCCAGAGCUUUUACCUAGCUUUUACAUAACUUAUUGCCUGCUCCUUAGUCCGUUAUAAAGUCAGUAAUCAUUAAACAUUAUACUAGAUCAAACAAGCCAUACAAAGCCAUUUUAUCCGGGCUGGAUAAACUACCAAUUGAAACUGUCAAAUCCAUGCUACAAAACCUAGGAUUACAAUGCACCGAAGUCAAAAUUGUGGAAAAGAAAACUAAGUCUGAUCAUGAAUUAUUACUGUACAUUGUUUAUUUCGUUAACAAAAGUAUCACAGUAAAGGAACUGCGCAAAAACUUUAUGUAUGUCAACCACACUAAAGUACGCUGGGAGUAUAAAGUGAAAUUGCAGAAUAAAAUUACUCAAUGCUACAAUUGCCAACUAUUUGGACAUGGAUCAAAUAAUUGUUCAGUUAAAACAUCAUGUGCCCAUUGUGCUGGAUCACACCAGACUGCCGUAUGUAUGGACGUAAACAACAAAAAAUGCGCUAACUGUAAAGGCGACCAUCCAUCGACAGAACUGACAUGCCCAUGCCGAAUUUCUUAUCUCAAUUUACUUUCCAAACGCUCAUCACAACGCAUUGGAAGAAAUAACUUGGAAGCUCAUGGAAUGAGGAAUUCUAAGCAACACAUCGCUCCAUCUGCUCUCUUUGGAAAUCAACCCCAGAUCUCAUUGCCUACUCAAACUAAGAGAGUGCAACAACUCAACUUUGGUAGCUAUAGUAAUGCACUCACCAAUAUUCAUACUUUGCCUAAUCCCAAAGCAAAUAUCACAAAUGAAACUAAUCUCUUUUCAUGUGAAGAGAUAAAUUCUCUUUUGUCUGAAUUAAUAACAAGACUUAAUGAAUGCUCCAAUAAGGGAGAGCAAUUUCAAGUAAUUUCUCAGUUAGCGAUUAAGUAUGUUUACACAAACAAAUAAUUUUAUUGAUAAUUUGAAUAUUAUGGCAUGGAAUGCUCGUGCCGUUAGAAACAAACGUAUAGAACUGAUCAAGUUCUUAGAAAAUAAUCACAUUCACAUAGCACUUAUAAAUGAAACGUGGCUGACUCAUAGUGACCGUUUUAAUAUACCCGAAUACACUAUAUACAGAAAUGACAGGAAGGAAAGUAGGGGAGGCGGCGUUGCCAUUGCAGUUAGUAACACAUUGAUACAUGAACAAAUACCCUGCAUUAAAAGUCAUGUUAUUGAAAAUGUAGGUAUACAAAUCAACACUGACUCUAAUUCCAGUCUAAAAAUUUACUCUAUUUACUUUGCUGGAAAUACUUCAAAAUGUAUUCCUAGUUCAUGUGAUUUAUCUUGGGACCAUAAUCAUUUAAAAAGUUUGUAUAGAUCUGAUCUCCUUAAGAUCUCACAAAUAAAUGGAAAUUUUCUAAUUUGCGGGGACUUCAACUCGCGCCACAGAGCAUGGAAGUGUACCCGAGCCAAUGGUUGGGGCAAAAUUCUCAAUGAACUUUCAGACCUGGGAAAAUUCAGUAUUUUGUACCCUACGCAACCCACAUAUAUUCCGCAUAACCAUAAAGCAAAAGCAUCAACAUUGGACCUAUGCCUCACUAAUAUCCCUAACCAGCUGGCUAAUCCAGCAGUAAUGCAAGAGCUUUCCUCUGAUCACCUACCAGUGGUUAUUAAAUACUCUACAAAUUUUAUGCGCAAUGUAAAAACAUAUCCGAUUUUGGGAAGGGCAAAUUGGGCGCUUUUUAAGAGAAUUAUAAAUGAAAGGCUGAUGGUUGAAGAGGUGGUUGUCAACUGCUCACAGAUAUCGACUUUGGAUAUUGAUAAUUUAAUCGGCUCUUUCACUAGAGUAAUCAAUUAUGCCUUUCUUAAAGCAGUCCCUCAUAAACCUAUACAUCACUCCAAGCUUACACUCCCUGUACAUAUAACUGAAUUAUUUAAAACAAGAAAUAUUAUCCAAAGACAAUGGUUUAGGUCACGUCAUCCAUUACUAAAAUCAAGAUGUGAUCAUUUAAAUUACAUCAUACGAAAAGAGCUUUUCAUUUAUAAUAAUGCAAAAUGGAACAAUAAACUUCAAAAGCUGGAUAAAUGCAGCAAACCCUUUUGGAAUAUAACCAAAGCAAUUAAAAAAAGAAAACAAAUUGUUCCGUGUCUAAGUAAAGCUGAUGAAAUAUACGCUUCUGGAAAAGAAAAAGCGAAUAUUCUUGCUGAUGUCUUUCAACUGAAGCAUAAUCUGACACAUUCAUAUUCAAACCAAAAUACAAUUGACCAAGUCAAAAUAUCUUUACAAUCUAUAGCUGAAACCCCAAACAACAUCGCAGAAAUUUGUAGAGUCACUUAUCCAGAGGUUUUUUCAAUUGUAAAAGCUCUCCAUACUAGAAAAUCUCCUGGAAUUGAUGGAAUACCUAAUAUAUCCUUGAAAAACCUUCCUACAAGCGCCAUUAAUCAUAUUGUUAACAUUGCCAAUCACUGUCUUCAGGCAGGCUAUUUCCCACGGGAUUGGAAGAUAGCAAAAAUAGUUCCAAUUCUCAAACCAGGAAAACCUCCUGAUAACCCUGAAAGCUACCGACCAAUAAGCCUAUUAAGCGGAUUGUCCAAGAUUCUGGAAAAAUUAAUUAAAUUGAGAUUGGUGAAAUUUUUGGACAUACACAACACACUACCAACGGUACAGUAUGGUUUUAGAAAUGGUCUAAAUACCAUACUGCCGACCUUAAAACUAAGAAAUUAUAUUAAAGAAAGUAUCCAAUCCAAACAAUCUGUAGGGCUGGUUACACUUGAUAUUGAGGCUGCAUUUGAUACUGUAUGGCAUGACGGACUGUUGCACAAACUAAAGAUGAUUGGAACUCCCAUAUACCUCAUUAAAAUAGUUCAAAAUUUUUUGACACAUCGAUACUUUAGCGUUAAUUUGGACAGUAGUCAAUCUGCUAGACGAAUUUUAAAUGCAGGUGUGCCACAGGGUUCUGUCUUAGGACCUACAUUGUUUAAUAUUUUUACACACGAUAUUCCACAAGCUACAAACUGUGUACUUUCACUGUUUGCUGACGACGCCGCUGUCUACAGUGCUGGUUUCUCGUACAGCGAGAUAAAUCAAUCCAUGCAGAGUUACUUAAAUGAAUUAGACAUAUAUUACAAAAAAUGGAAAAUUAAAAUUAACCCUAAUAAAACGAAUGCUAUAUUUUUUACAAAAAGAAGGAAACCUCGUUAUCUUCCUGAUAGACAGUUGCGAAUACUAGACUCUCCAAUACAAUGGGUUGACAACAUUCGAUAUUUGGGUAUAAUUUUUGAUAAAAAACUAACAUUUAAAUACCACAUCAACAACACAAUUAUGAAAGUUAAUAAAAUUAUUUGCACACUGUACCCUCUAAUAAAUCGUAAAUCUAAAUUAUCAAUA